GUAUUUCGCCCUUCUUUUCUCUCCGCUUCGCUUAUAGUUAUAGCUCACUGCUCAAGUAAUUGGUAAUGGCGAAAAUGCUUUCCAUCAAAAAUCUUAACCCUAGCUGCACCUUGGAGCCUUUGAACAAACUCUGCCGUGCUUCUGCUUCUCCAUUUCCCCCUUGUUUUCCGACGUCUCUCUGGCUGAAGCCAUCUCAUGGCAGAGUCUCUGUGGCCGCUCCCAAAGGUUUAGUCCUAGGUUUUUGCUCACUCGAUAGGCGCAUUUCCUUCAGCCAAUCCGUCGUGGCUUUCGCUGCUUCCCACGAUGAAUCGAAACAUUCAGAAAUAGAUGUGGAGAGGGAAAAUGAUGAAGUAUCUUCAAAUGAAGCAUGGAAACAAGCUUUAGAAGCUUUCAGAGAAGAAGCCUUGAAGAUGCAAAACGUGUCCCGAGAAGCUUAUGAGAUUUACUCCAACAAAGCUUUGGUUACUCUGAAAGAAACCUCGGAGCAGCUUAAGAUUCAAGCAGAGAAGGCCAAAAAUGAUUUGAUUGAAAUAGUGAAAGAAAUCGGUGAAGAAGGCAAAGUUUACCUCUCGACCGCAGCCGAAAAUUCCCCUCCAGAAAUCAAAGAAAUUGUCGAAACAUUCUCUUCCUGCUCAGCUGACGAUUUCAAUGACGUUUCCAAAAUUCUCGACUUUCACGUUGGCAUACCUUACGGUAUAAUUCUUUCGGUUGGGGGAUUUCUUUCUUUCAUGUUGACGGGCAGCAUUUCUGCAAUCAGGUUCGGUGUUAUUCUAGGUGGAACGCUUUUAGCAUUAAGCGUAUCAAGUUUAAGAUCAUAUAAAAGAGGGAUUUGUCCUCCUCUUGCCUCCGAAGGACAAGCAGUCAUCUCAUCUGUCAUGUUUCUGAGGGCGUUUAGCUCUCUGGUUCAGAGAACAACUCCGGGCACCUUUAUCGCUACCUUAGUCAGUGGUGCGGUGGUGGCAUUCUAUAUAUACAAGCUUCUACCAAAUGACAAGCCCGGCUUGAAACCUGGUAAAGAAAAUUGAUGUGUUUGAUCUUUUGCUGUUAGUUUA